GUACCGCCGUUUUACCCGGACAUUUCUCGCUCUCUUCUCCUUCUAACUCUCUGAUAAUCCGAAACCUAGAAUUACCCUAGCUUCUUUGCUCAGUGCUCACUCACAACUACAAGUCGCCGAGUUGAGUUGAAUUGAGUUCAGCAAAAACCAUUCAAGCCUUGGACGAGAACAUGCAAGUCGCUUCCAAUGCUCGCCGACUCGCUAGGGUUUUGAGAACUUCUCAUCCCCCUCCGAUUCUUCCUCACCACCAUCCGUUUCAAACUCCUCAUCUCGAAUCUCUUACCAGUGCUCUUCAAUGGUGUAGCUACAGCACCCUCUGGUCCCUAGGGAUGAUUCACGACAAUUGCGUGGACUUGGUGUUGAAUGAUUCACGGCAUAUGUUGCAACAGCCUUCGUGUUCAAUGAUGAUGAUACAUAGGUCAUUGUACUCUUCGGAAGCUUGUACGGAUGAAGCCGGCAGCACAGAUAAAGCCGGUCCUACGGAGGCUGUGAAGAAACUGUACGAUAAAAUGCUUAAUUCUGUAAUGGAUAAAAGGUCUGCGCCUCCGAAUGCUUGGUUGUGGUCACUCCUUGAUAAUUGUGCCAACCACGAAGACAUUAAGCUUUUAUUUGAUAUUCUGCAACACCUCCGAAGAUUUAGACUUUCGAAUCUUCAUAUUCAUGAAAAUUUUAAUUGCAACCUUUGCCUAGGAGUUACUAAGGCUUGUGCUCGUGUAGGGGCCAUUGAAUUUGGUAAGAAAGCAUUGUGGAAGCAUAAUGUGUAUGGAUUGACUCCUAGUAUUGGAUCUGCACACUAUUUGCUGUUGUAUGCUAAACAACACAAUGAUGCUAAACUCAUGGUAGAAAUAAUGAAACUUCUGAAGAGAAACAAUUUGCCAUUGCAAUCAGGUACAGCUGACAUUGUUUGCAGCAUCUGUUACAACACUGAUAAUUGGGAUUUGAUCUCCAAGUAUUCAAAAAAAUUUGUCUUCGCUGGAGUGAAAUUGAGACAGACUUCCUUUGGCACAUGGAUGGAAUUUGCUGCCAAAAUAGGAGAUGCUGAUUCUUUAUGGAAAAUUGAAAAGUUGAGAUCAGAUUUAGUGAAAGAACACACUCUUGCAAGUGGAUUUUCAUGUGCUAAGGGUUUUUUACUUGAAAGAAAUCCUGAGAAUGCUGCUGCAAUCAUUCAAGUCCUCAGUCAGACUUUACCUGAUGAAAAGAAGCCUGGAAUUAUGGUUGAACUUCAAAAGCUGGUUAGUGAGUGGCCUUUGGAGGUUAUAAAGCAUCAGAAAGAGGGGGACAGGAAGGCACUGGCUGCUGGUUUACAAAAUGACAUCCCUGCCAUGCUUAGCAGCUUAUUAAACAUGGGUUUAGAGGUGGACGUAAAUAUGGAAGACCUGACAAAAGGUGAUUUAUGCUGAAAUAUUUGGCCGGUCACCGUAUGUUAGUGUUGAAAAACGAGAAGCUCUAUUUCCUGUUUUGGGCUGCAAUACGUAGAAAAACUACUACAGUCAGUAUUCCUGAAAAUGAGCACCUUGGUUAACUGUCCUGUUUCCGCAAGACUAGUCACUUCAGAAAGCUGGAUCACGAUAUCCAACCGGUGCAGAAGAUAUUGUUAACUGGCGGGGCAUGAUCCUAGAAAGCAGUUACCCUUUUGUGGUGUUUUAAUAUACCUAAGAAUAAAAAGAAAAGAAAAGAAAAUUUGAUUAUCUGAACACAUUCAUAGAGCAGUAGUGAUUUUUGUAUUGAGAAAGUUGAUGCUCUCUCUAUGGUAAGCGUAAACUUUAGCAUUAUUGAAUUUUCUUCCGACAUUUUGAUUGUAUAAUUAUACAAGGUAUUCUGUCUUUUAUUUGAAAAAAUUCCUCUCGUUACGAA